AAAUAAUACACAUUUGUCAAAUACGUAUACCGUUUAGAUUUAGCAAUCAGUUUUCAAUAAUAGGUACUCAAUAAGUAUAAAAAUAUUUUUUUUCAUCCGUGUAUAAUGAAAUAAAUCUUAAAAUCAAUAAAACAAUUUAAAUUUUCGUAUUUUAUAAUAAGAACCACCUGGUGGGCAACAUUCAAGUGUGGUUCCUUCAAUAAAAAUUUCCCAAAAAAGAGACAAGGACCAAUAUAGAUUUCCUAUUAUAUCUGAAAACCCUUGAAUACCGACUUGUGAGAAAACUCAGUAGCCUUAUUUAGAGGUUAAAAAUUGAGCAACCAAACAAUUUAUAAAAAAUCAUUGCUCGUAGAUGUAUUGUUUUAUAAUUAUUAAAUAACUAAAAUGUAUCCAAUACCUAAUGUAGGUACUUUUAGCCUACAUUUCCAUAGGGCAGGGCUUACUAAUCAUUUUUGCAAUCAUCGAUUUGGAAAUUAUUAGUUGAUGGGGUCGCUUUAUUUAUUAAUAUUAUUUCAUUAUUUUGUAGUAUAAUAUGUUCAAAGGGGGGAUAAUUACCCCAUCACCCCGCUUCCCUUGGAUUCACCCCUAUACACGUUUAGAAUAUACACAGCAUAUUACUUUAAUAUAUGCACAGCGCGUCAUCGUCUCAAAAACGACCGUAACCCAUCUGACAUAUAAAGGGUUGACCCAUUGAUGUAACGAAGGGGAGGGGAGUGUAAUAUAGUCUCAUCUCGUCGUUAUGUACCUACCGGAGAUGCAAGAGAUCGAACGGGGGGAGGAGCUGCCUGUGGAACGCUGCAGUGUGACCGCGACCGCAAGAGUACAACCUUCACAAUACCUACUCAACUGGAGCGUGAAUCGUACGGGCUUAUAACGAUAUUGUUGCUACAGCGAAUUGCUGUUUGGCGCGUACGUAUAUCUUAUAGUUGAACAACUAGCUGGCAAUCGUCAUUUCGUGCGAUUCGAAUAGUGUGUAUUUUCCGAUACACUUCCCAAAAGCUCGCUGUAUCACGGAUAUACGACGAUGGUAGGAGCGGUAGACUAUUGCAUAAUAGUCAUAAAUAAUAUCGUUACGCCGGGGUUGCUGGGCGUGGUCACACUGUCGAAGUUUACGGAUGGUCGCCCGCCGCCGCCGUUGUGGCGCGCAGGGAUCGCUGCUCGCCGCAGCCGCUGAUGCCCUUGUGACUCAUUGCAGCCGCGGUGACGCGCGUGAUGUGUGACCGGUUGGCCGCUCUGGACGGGCUCGUACCGCCCGCCGCGGUGGCCCGGUCGACGCCGUCAUCUCCGAACGCGUAUCGGAUCGUUGUCCAACAGCAGCAGUUGGAAAAGACCUCGUCCGUACCGGACUUACAGAAAAGACAUCACGGCGGCGAUGAACGUACCCCGGGUAAAAGAUCGGCGGCAAUUGAUCAGCGCGCCGCUCCAGUGUCAGCAUGUAGCGAUUCCAAAUCGGACGGGUGUCUGACUGAAACCGGUCGGGCACCCGUCACCAGUAUGAGUGGCACUUUUCUCAUACCUACCAAGGUAAGCUAAACUUUCGAUAUUGAUACUUAUACCCUUUUGUGUAGUGAUUAUACUGUUCAUUCAGUCAUAAAUUACAUAAUUUUAUGUUUACUGUCGUAAGAUACAUAAUGUAUAUAUAUAAUGUUUAUUCUAAUUACAGAUGUACAUCAUUUUAGGGGUAAAACAUAAUAAGAUAAAUGUUGUACAUUUUAUUUUUUUAUAUAUACAAUAAAUUAUAACACUUAUAUUUAUAGUUGAUCGUUUCAAAAAUUAUAAUAUCUUUGGUCCCAAGGUUUUCAAUACAAGUAAAUUGCAUUUUUACAAAUACAUAAACUACCUACUACAUUCGUUCAUGCACUUAUUUGGAAAAUACUUAGGUAGAUUCGGUUUUUAUAAUGUUUGGUCAAAAAAAUAAAGUGAACAAAAUUACACAAGACAAAAUUAUAUAUGAAAAAAAAAGCCAAAAAUUGACUUAAGCCCUUCUUUCUUGGGUCUAUUGGUGUAUUCCAUUCCACUGUAUUUAUUGAUAAAAUAGGUAAGUAUGUUUUAAUAUUUGAGUAAAAUGUAUUCCAGUACUAUAAUAUAUUACGUAUAAUAUCUCUAAACGUUUAUAAUAUUAUGUGCAUAAUCACGCACUAGCAUAGCCAGGAGGGUGCUAAAUGAGCAAACGCUUCCCUUAUAUUAGUCAUUACGUAGGUGUAGUCCUUGACCAUUUUUGUUAAUUAGAUUUUUGCGAGUCAUAGGUUUGAACAUUUUUUAUGCUUUUAUUUGAGGGGCACGAUAUAUUAAUUUAUUAACCACUUUCUAAUGUAGAAUAAUAUUGUGGAAAUCAUAUGCCACCGAUAUAAUCUAUGUAUUAUUAAACUGUAUAGUGUAAUUAUAUGUAUUGUGAAUAUACAUGUAUUAAUUAUUAUUUAUUAUAUACAUAUUUAAUUUAAAAAAAAUAACAUACAGGACCUAAAUACUUAUAUUAUAGUUAGUGAAAUAUGUUCAUUAUGAUUAUUAUUAUUGUAUAUGUAUAUGUACCUAAAUAAUUCGCAUUUAAUAUUUCUAAUGUUUGUGUUUAUCGGAAGAUAAAUAAUCGAACAAUUUUUUUCUGCUUACACAUUUUAUAAAUAUCUAUAAACAAUAAACAUUUUUGUAUUAAAUAUUAUUAUAAUAUUAUUCAUUAUGCAUAGUUUGAUUCAACCAUUACAUUGGGAACAAAUAUAGUGUUAUAGAAUAGGUAAACUAUAUUAUAAGUAGGUAUACAGAAGAUUUAUUUUAUUGAUAAUCAUGAUAAUCAUGAAAAUUAUGAUAAUUGGAUAAUAAAUAAUAAUUUCUAAUUCAAAUUAUAUUUAUUUAUAAUUUAAAGCUUAUAUACAUAUUAUGUAUAUUGAACAGAUUUUGUAAAUUAAUGUAAACUUAACCUAAUUUAGGUUAGUAUGUAGGGACGUAGAAACGUAGGUAUGGAAUAUUGAAACGAUCUUGAGGUGGACCUUAGAUGUGAGAUAAAUAUAUAAAAGUUUGAAGUAUAUUAUAUGAUCAAACGCUUUAGUGUAAUCUGUAUACAAUAAUUUCUUAUGGACCAUUACCUACGCCAAUAAAUCCCUCGCUCCACUCCGAAUCUAAAAAAAAAUAGGUAGGAGGAAGUUUAGAAGGCAAAUAUACAUACAUUUUUUAGUUUAUUUAUAUAUCUGUGGGCACAAUAAAUAAUUAUUGACAAAAUAUAAUAUCGCUUAUGUAUAUUAUGAAAUCUCGUUUGUACGAUUUUCGUCAAAAUUUGAUUUUAAAACGCUUAUUAAAAACUACUACAUUUCUCUAACUUUUUUUUUUUUUAACACUAAGUACAACUUACAAUGAAUCUCGUAUUAAAUUUUAAAACAUUUCUAUUUGGUCAAACAAUUUAAUCCACAUAGAACUAAAUGAAAACUAAAAAAACUCGAAAAUUUCGAAUGGCUUUAAAUAGCCCAAUCAUCUGAAUAAUUUGAAAAUGUUUCAAAAUCACGUCUAGAAAAGGCUAAUAUAGGUAGUCUAUAAGCAUUUCUGGUUUCACAAUUAUUCGUCACCAAAUUAUAAUAGUAAAACGAAAUGAAAAAUAAUGAAAUGGUAAACGCAGGAAACUUUUCCGUUUUAUCUAUGUUUUUUCCGGGUUUUUUUAAAGUGAUUAAAAAAACUGCAUGGGAAAUCAAAAAAUGAUCCACACAAUAUUCACUAACCAAAUCAAAAUUGUUUAAAAAAACCGCUCUUUUGGUUUUUUGAUUGGAGCAAAGUUUCUGGUAGAAAAGUUGUUGCAUACCCAAAAAAAAGUAGUGUACAUCAUAGUAAAAUUAAUAUAUUUUUUGUUCUUAUUUGAAACUUAUAUAUAGUUUCAAUACUAUUCCCUUUAUAUCUACCUAUACGUGAAUAAUUUUUAUGUUACAACUUUUAUCAUUGAACUGGGCUGAACUUUAAAUUCAAUUAUAAAUAACUAUAAAUGAAAGCUAAAACGAAACCCUUUGACUGCUAGGAUUAUUAUUAUAUGUGAUUAGAUUAACUACUAUAACCUAAAAGUUUGAGUGAAUAAGUAAAUAAAUAUCAUAAUCAUAUUAUUUUAUUUAAUAAUGGAAUAAAUAUAUGUACGUAUUUAAAUAAGUAAUUUUUAUAAAAAUUAUAUUAGAAAUGUAUGUUUCAUUCAGUUAUCGUACGAAUAGAGUCAUAGUCAGGGGCUGAUUCAGGAUAAGAUAAAGGUGGGAUUGUUUUUUGAAAUGUAUGUCUGUAAACGUCUUUUUGACCAGUGAUUUAUUACAUCAACUUAGAGGAUCUAUACUAAUAGAUUUACAAAAAAAAAAAUCUCAAUUUGAAUCUAAAAUUAGAAUUUCGGAAUUUGAGGUUCGAAAACCGAAAUUCAGAAUUUUGAAUUUUCCGUUAAUCCUGAUUUUUAAUAUAACAAUAAUUUUUGGUACAGGUCCUAUAGCGUUGAAAUUUCGGAGGUGGAAAAUUGUUUUAUCUUUUUUUACACAAUCACAAAAACUAAAAUUUAAUUGAUAAAUCUAAUUUUACUGAUUUUUUAAGUAGACAAAUUAUUUUUAUUACAUAUUUUAAUAUAGGUAUAUAAUUUAGUACUACAAGUUAAUCGAUCGCGUUCAUUUGCUCAAAAAUUGAACAGCUAUAUACAUAUAUACAUAUACACAUGUACGCAAUACGGGCGUACAGCCAAUAACAAAAGCGCAGUCGUUCAAUGUGGGUUCGAUUGGUUUUACUGUGGAUUAAAACAUAGUGAUAUAGUAUAAUACUAUGGGUGCUGAAAAACUCAAUAGUUAGGCAAUAUUAAAAAUCGAAGUGGAUUUGUGGUCGAAUUGUGAUGAUUUAAUUCAACUGAAAAAAUAUAUAAUUUUAAGUACAAUUAUUUCGUAAAUCGCAAAACAAGAUAUUAAGUACAAUUUAAUUUUAAUUUUUAAUGUAUCUUUUUUUCUAUAGAAGAUAAUAAAUAUAACAGAUUGUAUAUUCUGAAAUUAUAUUUUAUAAAUAAUUUUAGGAGGGAUGAGAUGGAAAAGGCAGCGAAUUGGUUUGUCCCUUGAAGUUAAGAAAAUCUUAAUACGCCACUGAGGGAGGGGUGAAGACAAUUGCUUCAUUAAUACUUAUUUAGCAUACAGCCAUGUAGAGUAUUAUUGAGUAUGAAGUAUGACUUCAGAGCAUAAUAUUAUGUUCAUCGAUUUAUAUUAUUAUAACUUAUAAUGGCCAGAAUAUUAGUUACCUUAUAAGGCUAUGACUAUUACUGUCCAGCGUGACAUAUUAUAGUAAACAAAACUAUUCACAUAGAAAAAAAUACUAAGCAAAGAAUUACUUUAAAAAAAAAAAUAAAAACUACUAAAUGUUUUUUUAACCUUCGUUUGUAAUUUUUUUAGAUUACAUAUAAAAUAAGAAAUGUAUUGGUUUUACAAUAAUGUUUAUUUUUGUCUGUGAACAACUUUUCUACUAGAAAUAUUAAUACGAUAUUUGAGUAUUUGAAAAAGACUAUUGAUUACAAUAUUUUAAUGUCAAUAAUUGCUUAAGUUUUCUGUUUUGUGAGUCACGUGUACUAUGAUUGAAAAAGGUUAGGUUUGAUUUAAGAAAAUUCUUUAAAAUUCUAAGGUUAUUUUAAAAAUUAAGAAUAAAAAAAUCAGUAUAAAUACUAUCAAAAUGGUUAUAAUAUAUACUAAAAGUUUGUAUGUAAGUUGAAAAUGAGUCUAAAAAAAUAUUUAUCACCUCCUAAAAAUUUUGGAUAUUAUAAAAAAAAAAUACAUCAAUAACGAUGAAUUCUAAAUUUAUACAAAUUAUUCCAAGAAGACAUCUACACAGAUAGCUAUACUAUACCUAUUAUUUUUGCAAUAUUAUGUGAAAGAUCAUGAAAACAAUAAAGUUUGGAAAAAUUGACUUAAAAUAUUUAUGGGAUAAAAUCCUUUUUCUAAUUUUUCUACGCAGUGCCGUAAACAGGUUUUUAUCAGGUGACAGUUUUUUAUGCUUUAACAAUAUAGGUAGUACCAUCACUACUGACAAUGUUAUAACAACCAUAGGUUAGGUUAGGCAAGAUAAAGCAAUAUCCCCGAAUAGCUAAUCCUCCGGUUCGAUGCAGUCUAUUGAAAAAAAGAAGUGUAUAGCACGACUCCGAAGACUAAACUUAAAGGGCCCUCUCUCUGUUAUUCCAUUUCCUCCGUUAUUCAAUUUAACCACCGAUUGUACAGCGGGUGCCGGAUUAUCACGGCAUCAUUGUAUCUAAUAUGGCAUCAAAUUGUAUUUUCAGUACAUUUAAAAUAAUUAUUGUCGUCCGACAUUUCGGGUGGGGGGGGGGUUAAGCCUGAAAGUUUAAAUUAAUAGAAUCAAGUUCCUAACAAUUUUGCUGUAAUUAUCAUAUUUAGUUGUUUUUUUACAAAGCCAAUAAAUGUUUUGUAUUAAUGUAUUGAUUGAAGACUUGCAAAUAUAAUAUUAAUGGAAAACGUAUUAAAAUCUACGUGAUGUAUACCUAUGGUAGGCGUAAAUCUCGUAAAUACGUAUUAUGCGAUUAAGUAUAUAAGUGCGCAAUAUUAUAAAAAUAAACACAGCGAUAUAAUAAACUAUUAUGACGUAUUUUAUUAAUCGUUGGUAGGAAAAAAAACGUGUCAAAAUCACAUCCGUUGUGAGUUCAGGUUUUUUUUUUUUGUUCUAUAAUAUUAUAAUGGAAUAACUGCGCCGCAGUCGUUUAUUUGUAUUUCGUGGCGUGCGUACGUAUAUUCUAUGGAAAAAAAAAAAAAUCUCGACGCAAUAAUAUCGUCUCGGCCGCGUCUGUUGUACUGCGUGGGAAUUCGGUGAAAAUAAAAGGGAUGACACAGAUAACGCGCUCCAAUAUUAUUGUAAAGCCUGUAGUUACACUACAGGCAGUCGUGAGGGGGGACGGGAAGGGGCGGUUAUUUCCUGGCCGUCCCUUUCAAGGUCGCCCACGCCGGCCGUCGCAGGUCUCCCACUGCCCGCAAACCGUGCUGCAGCUGAACAGAAUUACAGUUUCUCGCAAACGGUCGGCAGAUGGCACAGUGAUCGUUCAUGUUCCGAGCGUGCGGCACGUUGUUUGCGUUUCCAGCAUUCUGCUGCUUGACACUUCGAUAAUCAUCGUUUCCCGCGUCGUAGUCGUGCUUUACCGUUUUGUUUCGCGCUACACGAGUUUUUCACAUCGACCGCGUAACACGUUAAAUUCCGCGAUCGUGUUUUCCGCCUGGAAAUAAAUUUGUCUUUUCGACAUUUCCGCACGCCGCGUCCCAUCACCUGCCCCUCGCCGAUUCGGUAGCCCCGUUCGUCCGAACCACCGAACUUGCGACUCUUAUUAUUAUACCCGUAACACCGAAAUCAACAGUGGAUUUACCCUAACCGCCUGCGCCACUACCGACUACCGUAGUCUUCUCCGCCACCGUGAUUUUUAUUUUCACGGACAAGUGCAUAAACCGGUUUUUACUCGCGUGCACAUUGUACACUGUAAAAUAAUAUACAAUACCAUAAAAUUCCUCGACACUGCCUCGCUGCAAUCGGACAGGUGUAAAUACACUAUUUGUGAGUAUAUCCUAUAUGUUAUACAUACCUAUAAUACCUACCCAAUAUACAAUAUUAUUUAUGUACACCUACCAUAAUCGUAGAAUAAGUACCGCGGAUUAUAGGACGCAAAUAUAUUAAUCAAUUAUCAACGAUACCGCUUUUGAAGUCGCGAUCAUGUCGACGGUAUACCUACGUACAUAAUAAACGGCGUGAACGUGCGUGUAAUGCCUACUUCUUAAAAGUGAGUCUACGCCACCAUAAUAAUAUUACAGUCGGAACCUGAGCGUCUAUAGGGAAAAAAAAACCGUAAUUGGUGUCUACACUUACCUACCGGCAAUUAAUCGAACAAAGAAGAAAUACCUGCCUAACAAUCAUAUAUUACAGAAGUUAAAAAUAGGAAGGCACGUUGUUUUUAAUCGGAAAUUCUUGGAAUUCCCCCGUAUUAUUUAUUUGAAAUGAUUCAUUUUCACAAACGCGUGCCCGGGAUAUAAUUGACGUCAUAUUAUUUAUUGUUAUUAUUAAAUUAUACAUUUUUGAGCUCUUUGUGUAAAAAAAGUAACCAUUUAUUUUUAAUUUUAACUGUCUGUAAAUAAUAAUUUUUACGACGAAAAAACGUACUAAAAUCGACGUCAAUAAUAUUAUUAUUAUGGUAUUUUGUAAAUCGUCGAUUUUCGAGCGGUUGGCUUGGCCGUUAAACGUGCAGUACGAAAAUUAUAAUAUUAUCUUCCUCGGUAAUAUUACAGUUAUUUGUUGCAUUUAUAAUAUUAUUUUAUUAGAUGCUAAACGAAACGUGAAACAUAUUGGUUUUAUUCUGGGUUUUACUAUGUGUGUUAUUAAUUGUUGUGUAUGUAAACAAUUUUUUCUACCAGAAAUCUUGCUCCGACUAAAUAUUUUACAGGAACCUUCUUGUAGCGUUUUCGAUCUAGUCGGUGCGUAGGGAUCACGAAUUAAAAUAUCUUAAUUCGUGGUUGGGAGGUCCAUUUUUUUUUGAUUUCCCGUGUUCUCUUGGUAAAUAGUCAUAACUGGCGAUUUUUUGUGUAAUUUUUGUCGAUUUAUGGGUUACCUUGACAACGAGGAAAAAUAAAAAUACUCUGUUCAGAAUCGUUUUUCGUUAGCAACGGUUCAUCGUUGCGUACAGAUAUAAAUUAAAUUACUCUACACAUCCCUCCCUUGCGAUUUCCCUCUUAAAACAGCGUCACACCCAACAGCAGUGCACAAAACGGCCUUUAUUGUUUUUUUUAUUAUUACAUUUCAAAUUCGUUUAUUAACUGUGCACCAUCAACCUUUUCGUUUUCGCGACCUUUUUAGACAUUCGGCGCAACUUUUCACAUCGUAAAAUUAUUACCGACACACGUUUCGGCUAUGCCCUUUACCGCACGACUUUUAUAAUAUUAUAAGUACAUAAUAGGUGUAAGCACCUGCUUCUAUUAUUUUGCGAUAACCUUUUUUACAAUUUUAAUUAGCCGAUAAUAGUUAUUUUUCCGCCUCGAUACCCAUUAUCGGCACCUCCAUAAAUUCUAUUCUAUUUUCUAAUAAAAAAAAAUGACUGCGAUAUUGUCGCAUCGACUAUUUGGGUUGACUCUCUGUCUCAUCGUAAUCUGUAUUUUUCUUUUUAUAAACAACAAUUAGUUAAAAUGUACAAACAACAGAAGCUCGCUUGCCUACUGUUCAUAAGUGACAUUAUUUACUCAACACGUAGAAAAUAAAGUAUGUGUGGGUCGUGGGUGUGACUUCGAUAGUAUGCGCGGCAACCUUGAAAAAUCUUUAAAAUUGCGUCACGAUAAUUAUGGGAAUUAUUUCAAACCGUAUAUUUACUUUUUUCGGUGUUCAUUACCGUAGAGUAAUUAACCUAAAAGUAUAUUACCUAUUUGUUUUUACUCUCGGGCUCAUCGACCAGUAUUAGUCGAUUUCAUAUUAUUCUCUUAUAGUUAAUAGUUGUUAAAUGUUUAGAGAAUUGCAAACGAUAACGAGCAACUAUCGAUUAAUAAUUUCAUUAAACAUAAUAUAAUAACAUCAACUUUAAACUUCGACUGUAUAAUUGAUAUUAUAUAGUUGUGUGCGUUUAUAAACAAGUCCCAAUAAUGGUAAGUUAUUUUUUUUUUUAAUUUCCCACAAUCAACAAUCUGUAUAAUUGUGUACAUACUUAUAUACUUAAGAACAUGAUUUGUUCGCAAUUAGAUUGGUUUAUUUACUGUGAUAUUUACAUAUUAAAAUAUAAAUAACGUAAAAAUAAAAUACAUGGCAGUACUUCACAAAGUCACGAAGUUUAACCUAACCCUAUGGCUAGUACGUUCUAUUACUUUUAUUAGUCGAUCGAAUCCCUUCUAUCCCACACGCAAAAGUAUAACAUAUAAAAUAUAAUACCCGUGUAACAUUUUCUGGGAAUAAAUCGAUUUAAUAAAUAAAAAUAACAAUAACGAUGAAUCCAUAACUUUUUUUUAUCGGCCAAACCGACCAACUUGGCACGUGUGUUUAACUCGGGGUAAAAGUUAUCCUAUAAUUUUACAGCUGUAUCAGUUUUUUAUCAAGAAAUUAUUUUAAAAAGUGAGACUGUUAUUAGAUACCUUACGUUAUUAACGUAGCGAUACGUUAUUCAUUAAUAAGAAUGUAAUUUUUGAUUACCUAUGUUAAUUUUAAAAUACAUUUUGUAUAUUCCAUGGGUGUCUAUUAUUUUUUUGAAAUAUUUAAUAUUCCUCCUCCCCAAGUUGGUUUAAAUACUUGAUCUUGAUCGUUUGGGUUUUUCAUAAAAUAAAUUCCAUGUUGUCGACAUUCGGUGUAACUCGGGGCAAGGAGAAAUAUAGGUUAAGAAAAACCAUACAAGAAAUAAUUGCCUAACUACACAAUAAAACAAUCGUUAAAUAAAAAUAAUGGUUUUUUUGAAAAUAGCUGUUAUAGGUAUUUACCUUGUUUUAAGUAAAUCACAAUAUAGGUAAUUUUAAAACUGUUACAAGUUGGUCGGUAUCUAAGUACAAGUGUAUAAGUGUAGGAUAUGUAUAUUAUUUUGUGCAAUAUUAAAUAAAAAAAAUUAUUUCCAAACGUUUACAUUUACUCUAGAAUCUCUGACUCUAUCUGCUAUAGGUUUUUUCCGGGAUAUUUUAAAAUGCGCACAAUAUAAACAGUGAAUGUUACACAACUUAAAAUUGCAUCAAUUACUUUACCAUUAUAAAUACCUAUAUAGAUACUACAACUAUUGUACAAAAAUAAUGUUGCUAUAAUAUAAUAUAUUAGUUUGUUAGUAUUAUGCAAUAUUGUUUUUAAACGUAUAGCCCGAGGUAUAACCGUAUAUGAGAAACACAAAUGUCAUCUGAUAUUUUUUAAUAAAUAAUAUAGGAAGGUACCUUCCCAUAUUAAAAAAAAUAAAAUAAAAUUGUAAGUGAUUAUACGCACGAUUGUUAUCUAAUCUUCGUGAGUAUAGUAAUAAUUCGCAUGUGUACGAGAGCAUAAUUGUCAUAUCCGGUUUUCUCCCCUACUUCUGCAGCAGCUACAAAUGCAUAUAUUAUUACUGUUGCCUUUUGUUAUGGACUUAUCACUACAGGCAACGGGGAUGUUAUGGUUUUUUAUCCCUGUAUCGCGCGUUGUUUGGAACAAAAUAUAUGUAAAAAAAAAACUCCUAUCUAUAAAACGGGUUUUAGAUAAUGAAAAAUUCUCCAAGUCCCUCAUCGUCAUAUUAUAUUAUAGUCCGUGGACCCCACAUCGUUAUUCAUUAUUAUAUUGUAUUAUUUAACGACUAGUUUCCGGCUAUCGUACAAAUCCGGAUGGACCGGUAUUAUCAAAUAUCGUUUCGAGUUUUAACCGACAACUUUCAAAUUUGUGUAUUUUUAAAUAAUUUUUUUUAUAACAAAUUCAUUGAGAACUAAUAAUAUUAUAACAGUAUCUAACAGGUAAUAUCAUCAAUAUGUAAAAUUACCCGUGAAUAUAAGUGUUUUAUUGGGUGUUGUUAAUAUUAUAUUGACGAAUUUAUUAGGAUGCACCAUAUUAGAUAUCGCAUACCUAUACUAUUAUAUUAAACUCUUAUAUUGGUUCUUGAAUACAUUUCGAGUCGUCUUGACUAUUGAUCAUAAAUGUUGAUUGUUAGGUCAUGGGUUUCGAGCACGAAUUACUAGACGUUUUAAUCGUACCAUAUAUUAAGAGAAGGAACUUCACUCACGUUCAAAGAUAAAGCAUUUUUUUAAUAUUUCAUUUUAGUGUUGAUAUUGUGUAUUAACAGUCGUAAAUCAUAAUAAUUCAUAAUCAUAAAUUAAUUUAGUUUGGGUCAGCAAUUAAAUAGAUUAGACAGUGAUGUAUCUCGUGUAUGUACUCGGAUGUACGUAUCAUUUCGAUAAGAAAAAUAAAUUAUGUUUGUAUUUUUAAACAGUAGUUUUAUUAUAAUAUUUAUAUAUUAAAAUAUACCAUUAGUUAUUUAAUAUUUCUCGAUAGAAUUGGAAAUUCUUGUACGAUGAGAUAGUUUCAAUUUGAUUAUUGUUAUGUUACAUUUACAAAAAAACAUCAAAGUUUUCCUUUAAUUUAUUGACAAAUUAAAUUAUUGCGUUUUUUCUAGAAUUUAAAUAUUAAUUAUCUACUUAGCUUUCAUUUUCAAACUCUUAUUUCACUUAGAUAGCUACCCUCAUUCAAAAUUCAAAUGGUAUAAUUUCCUAUAGACGUGCAUUUUUUAGAUUACUUUGUGAACCAUACGUUUUACUUCAUCUUUGGUUUUAAAAAUGAUUUUUAUUUAUAAAAAAAGUAUUAACUAUUUAUUUGGAUGAAUCAAAUCUAUCUAACUUCCACUAUACCUACAACUUAUUUCUAAAUAAAUCAACAUUUAAGUAUAUACUGUAUUUUAACGGUUUGCAGGAAUUUGAUUUUCUGUAUCUUUUAUUCCACAUGUUAACUUUUAGCCUUUCGAUGUAGGAUAUUUAUUUAUACUAAUAUGGUUGCUUGGUAAUUUAUUGAUUUGUUUUUCAAUUUAAACUUUUACACAUUAUUAAUUAUGGUUUAGUGGUGGUUUUUUGAAUUUUUUUUCAAUGUAACCUUCAUAAUACACAACAAAAUAUCAAUAAUUUAAUCUUAAAUAUUUUUAUAUUGGUUGUAGGUAUAGGCCGAUGUUUUGGAUAACACACAUGAGGUUUUUACCAGUUAGUAUGUAUACAAUAUUUUAAUAUUCAAAUUUAAGUCAUUAUAUUUUUAAAACGAUUUUGAGUAGACACCUAAUUAGAAAUGAAAUUUUAACAUAUUAUUUUGCUUACAUUUUUUUUCAAUUUUAGCGAUUCUCGAACACCGUAUUAUAACAAAAAAGUUCAUUUUUUAAUAUUUUUCUCAGGUAUCCAUAUUAAUUAUUUAUCGAAAAGAAAAUAUAUAUAGUUAAAAUAAAUUGUUCUAUUCAAAAUGUAAAAUAUUCUAUUCAUAUAUUAUUUUUCAUUAGGUACGUAUUUUGUUAUCUCGUAUACGUAGAUAAUUAGUCACUGUUUAUCAUUAGAUUUCAAUAAGAGGCUAAACGAGAGUUCCAUAAAAAUAACGAAACAUUAAUAUAAAUAUAAAUUAUCUUAACCUAUUGUUGUUUUGAAUGGACAGAUAAUAAAAUUAUAAUUUUUUUGGUUAGUUAUAUUGAAAAUUAUACAUAAUCAUGUUAUUCGAAGUUUGAAAUAAUCGUGUGAAAAUAAAUACUAUUUAGGCAGAUAUUAUUAUAGGUGCCUUUAUUGAUGUAUAUACAUAUAUAAGGAAUUAUUGAUUCGGUAUAUACCUAUACAACCAUAUGCAUUUAUAUAGAUUUCGAUAUCGUAUAUUAUCAUUUAAUUACGAUUAGUGAUUCAUGAUAAUGUUGUAUUAUGGAUUUACAUAAAAUUCGAUACUAAAUUACAACUUAUAUCUAUACCUAAUAGUUUUAAAAUUUGUUUUAAGUAAAUAUAAUUAUUGUUUUCUGUCGAUACAAUUAUUUUGUAUUUUGUCUACCAUGCAUAAUUUAUAUUAUCAUUAUAAAAUCAAUAAUAUUCGUUAUUAAUAUUAAUUAUUAUUUAUAUCUAUGUGGUUACUAUCACUACUGAAAUACAAAUAUAUACUAGUGUAAAACUAGUUACAUUUUUUUUUAAAAAAAACACUAAACUCAAUGAAUAACAUGAACACAAAUCAAGAUGUAUUUCUAAUUUGUUUUUAUUUUUUCAAACAAAAUUCAUAGAUUUGUAAUAAAUUAUUUAUUUUUUCAGACUGAUAACAAGUGCCUCGGUGGAAAAAAACAUCAACUCAAUAAAUUAAACGGUAAGUUGUAGUAAAUACACUAUCUAAUACCAUACCUAUAUCUACAUAAAUAUCAAUUUGAAAGUUUAUUGGUACACUUUUUUUACCGCAAAAUUGUAGAAUAAAAUAUAAGAUAUUAUCUCAAUAAAAUGUGUGUACCUUGGUGUUGAUGUUUUAUCAUUAGAUACCCGAAUCUCUAGGUAUUUAUUAUUUUAUCAGACGUACUUCGUACCUUUAAAGUACUGUUACUUUUUAUUGAAUUUUACAGUUUUCAAUAUUAUGUUGAAUUCGAAUGAAAUCAUAAAAUCACGAAUUUUAAGCUAAAUUUAAUAUUAUAAUUUAUUGUAAUUACAAGUUUUAUAAUAUUUAUUUUACGUAGGUAGGUGUUAAAUAAAUAAAACAACUUUAAACAUAAAUGUAUUAUAAUAAAUAAUUCACCUAACGACCUAACAAAGAACAAUAGACACAUGACUACAUGAAUCAUGAAAUGAAAUGUAAACAAAAAUUAAAUAUCAGAAAUUCUAAAAAUAAACUCAUAAAAUAAUCACUCAAUACAUCGUUUUUAAACAUUGAAUUGCCUUAAAAAAAUUAAAAAAAUUAUAAAACUGUGAUACACUUCUGUCAUUUAUUAUUGUGUUUAAAUAUUUUUAAUUUUUUUUAAUCUUUUCAAGGAUCUUGGAAUGUAUAUUAUGUGUUUGGAUAUUAUUUAAUACUAGUAAAUUGAUUUCUGUUAUGGUUUUUGUUUAUACAGUUUUUAAAAAUAAAUAAUUUUUUUCACUCCCUUUUAUUUUUUUAUAAAAUUUAAAAAUACAUAUUAUGUAAUUUGAAUUUUGAUUGAUAUUUUUCGAAAUAAUAAAUAAUAAUAAUAUAAUAAAUAUAUAUAUAUAUAUAUAUAUAUAAUAAUAUGUAUUAUUGUAAGUACCUAUCUAUAUAAAUAUUUCAAUAUUUGUAUACAAUUUUUGAAAUCGAAAUCAUAUAUAUAUAUAUCUCAAGUAUAUAAAAUAUAAAUAUUGCAUAACUUGUCUAUUACUUCAUAGAAUUAAAAUAGCAUUUUUAUAAUCCUGAAUUCUUUUAACUUUUUGGUAUUGUUUUUUUUUUUAACGAACAUGAGAAAAAUUGUACUUGGGCCUUCUAUAGCUAGGUGAACGUGUUUCCCUGAGUUGUUUGUUAACAAUAUUAUGAAAUGUAUGUUGGAAUAUUAGAAUAUAAUUAAUCUGCAACUAUAAAAACUGUGGAAAUAGAUAUGUGAAUACUGAAUAAAUACCUUUAUUAUAAUUUAUAGGGUUGGAUUUAUUAUAUAAUAAAUAGUAUUAUUAGCUUUCGUAGUUAGUUAAAAAUUCAAGUUUAUUUCUUCAUUUUAGCGAUUUUUUCGUAAAAAAAAAAAUAAAAGCUUUUAGAGUUGGUUCUUAUCCCAUCCGUUAAUCACUUUUGCCUGGCUCAGACCUGAAAAUGCAUAGAUAAUAAAUAGUCUUCUGGUUUUUUGCGAUUAGUUAAUUACUAAAAAUUUGAUAUUACUGACGUAAUCCGUUUUUUUUCAAUUUAAAUUUCUAUGUAUGGGUGUUUACUGUUCAGUGCUCACACUUGAAUUUUGAACAGUUAACAUUUUCUCUUUUUUAUUCGAUUGGUUUCAGGUUUCCAUGGUUACUGGGUGACAAAAGUAAAUAAUGUAUAAUAUAAAUUAUACCUACGAUUUAAGAUUUUUAAUCUCGCUAACUUAAUACUAAAGAAACAUCAGUCUGUGUGACAAUAGUUUAUUCGCUAAAGAUGUUCGCCUUUUUACUUUUGUUAUCAUCAUUCAAACCGAUAACGAAAGUUUAAAUAAAUAAGAAGAACUUUGUUGAAUUAUGAUUUUAUGUUUGUACACUACUAUAUUAUAUAUUAUAGUAACGUUUACAGUUAUAUACAUUUGUAUGAACAUUAUAUAGGCAUUAGUUGACAAUUGUUCAAAUAUACAUAAUUAUAUAUAUAUAUAUAUAUAUAUUACACAGAUGCAAUAUCAGCAUUUUUCAAUAGCUGUUAUAACAUAUUUUAAAACGUAUAGAUAAUUUAACAAUUUAAAAAUUAUUUUGUAAUUGUAUGAUAAUUUGACAUGAAAACGUUUGCAAAUUAAUAUUGUACUUCCGAAAUAUGAGUAGCUAGUUAUAAUUUUGAAUUCAAAUUUAAAUUGGAUUAAAUAUACUUACAAGAUAGGUUAUUACGGAUAUAUAAAAUAAUCAAGUAACUUUUUACUAUAAAAUAGUCUCUUCCCUUACUUAUAGUAAGUUGGAUCUAUAGAAUUUAGAAAUUGAAAUCUGUAUAGGUUAUUAAAAAUUAGCUAUUUUAAAUAUAUUUUAUAUUUUAUGCACAAUUUUUGGGGUCAUUAACUUGUAUUACUAUUUAAAAAAUUGAUCAUAAAUAUAUUAUUAAGAACUCACGAAAUUCUAUAAAACCAAUGACUUAUCUCGCAUAAAAUAUCAUCUAAAUAAGAAUAUUCUGGGAUAAUUUUGUAGUAAAUAUCGGUGCAAUCAGAAAACGAUGACGGGAUUAUCCGAUAUGUUUAUUAUCAUUUUGGGUGUACCGAAUAAUUUUCAAAACAAUGCGGAAUAAAAUAUUUCAUUGUUUGAUUACAGAUGUUUAAUAAAUAAUAACCUAUAGUAAUUAUCGAAUUAUUCUAUUAUAAUGAUAAUUAAUGACUACCUACUACUACUACUAUACAGAACGUAAACCAUACUGAGUUAUUAAUUUAUAUUAGUGUAUUGUGUAUUAUUAUAUCACUUUCGGGUAUUUAUUUAAUUAUUUAUAUCAUUCAUUGAUUGUGGAGUAGUGAAAAUAUUUUGAGAUCAAUUUUAUGGAGGUCGUGGCCCCCUCAUUAUGUUGGUAUGUUAUAUUUAUAACUAUUAACUAUCAUAAGAUAUAUCUCGGCAUAAGUGUCUGAUUUUUAUGUCAAUGAAAUUUAAUUAGUUUUAAAUUUAGAUGAAUUUUUAUGUUAUCUUAUUAGAGAAUAUUUAAUUAUUUGUAACUUUUAUUUAAAAAUUAAUGAUAGAUUAGCGUUUUACUACUAUUGUAUUUUGUAUAGGCAACUUUUAUUCACUAUAUUAUUUAAACAAGUUUUUAGUACUUACCAACGUAUACACUAUCAUAGUGAUUGUAAAUUUAUUUAUAGGUUUGAGUUCAGGUUAACUUUCACAUUUUUCAAUAAACACAUAUUUACUUUAUAGUGUUACUAUUGAAUUUUAAGUCAUAAUAUUAUGACUAUAAAAAUACUAUGAUAUCAUUGGAUUUUUUACUUAUAAUAAUAUUAGCUCAUGCUUAUUUAUCACUGUUUUUUAAUUUGUGUUAGAAUGUGUGUUUUUAUAAUGUAAAAUAUAACUAGGGAGGUAAUCACGAAUAACUAAUAAUAUGAUAUUAUAUUAUAGGUAAUUUUGUUUGUGAUUCUUUAGGGUCGUGGUUUUUACAGUUUGUUAAUAGAUAAUAAAUUAUUAACAUUUACAAUAUAAACAAGACUUACAAAUUAUUAAAUCUAAAAAAAUAAUUCAACCUGUUUAAAUUAUUAUAUGAAGGGGCCUGUGUAUCACCCGUUUUUUGACCCAAAACAUCUUUCACAGGAAAAUCCUCAUACCUCGUAAACUGAUCCGGUUUAGAACUUUUUUUUUCUGUUGAAAGAGGAAAACUUCCUAAACGGCACCCCAAUUUUUUGAUUACGUAACCUAAAAACAAAACUUUCAAAAAUAUAAUAUUUAAUAUUCAAAAUCCAAGUCCAAUACACUGUAAAAAGUCUUCCUCUUUUCAAAAAAAAAAACUGAUAUUAGGAACGGGUGUGUCUCUGUUCUAGGUGUGAAGUAUAGAGAAGGUAGAAUACAUACAGUUUUUACACCUAACCUUACACUUUUUUCAAAUGUUAUUUAUUUAUUUUGUAUAGGCAAUAUCAAAAUAUUUAGCGGUAGAUUCUGAAACUUUCCAAUAUUGCCGUCGUAUAUAUGUAUAUAUUAACAAUGCAGUAUAAUCGAACCACUAUGUACUAUAUUUUAGUGGAAUUGAUUGUUUUUGAUGGUCAGGGCGAAUGCGUUAACUAGUUUCUCAUAUAUAUAUAUAUAUAUAUAUAUAUAUAUACACACAUUUUUUUUUUCUAUAAAGACUAAACACAAUGAGUAUCGUUGUAUUCAUUACAACUAUUAUGGAUCGGAUCAUUAGUAUGCCAAUCGAUUUAGUUUCCAGUUUCUCGCUGUGUAAUUCGUCAGUGUGAAUUAUAAAUGGAAACCAUUUGUUGCGCCGAUUUACUCUGUAGUUGCCUCUAUUUUUUAUUUUUAUUUUUUUAUCUAUUUAUUUAUUUAGGCAUACAUAAUAGACACUCCGAACAAUGAGAAUUUACGUAUAUAUCUAUAUAAAUUAUUAUAAUGCAUAAUAUUGUAAACACGUUAUCUUUAACACUUAGACGUCGAUUGUAGGUCACUCGGACGAUCGUGACCGACUUGUGUCCGCUACAAUUAUUCCAUGAUUGAACGUUUAUUUUAUAAAAGAUACCGCCGUGGCCGGUUGGAAGUGAUGGCGCGUUGUGCCAUCGUAAAUUGAAUAUCAACAUCACGUGAGAAUCGCACGUACGCGUUUGAAACAAUGACCGAGACGAAUGAUCGGAUUGAUUAGGUUGAUGAACAUUUUAUUACAAUAAAGUAUUCGUGAGAAAACUAUGCUUGAUACACACGUUGUAUAAUAUAUACGUUUAUUAUUAAUUGCAUUUCAGAAGAACGAGUUUUUUGACCUUUCACCGACCCCCGGGUCGUUCAAGGCCAGGGGAUGUCAUCUGUAUUAGAUUGUUUUUAAUUCCCUUUUGAAGACAGAAAUAUAAUAUUACUCGGUAUCCAUCAGGCGUAUUUAUGCGUACCUACCACUGUACUCGACUUUUGUUUGUGUUAUUAUUUGCAAAUUAUAUUAUUUUGUAUUUUUUCCGGUAUCUCACUCAAAAAGCUUCCGUAUCUAAAAUAAAUCGUUACAAUAUUAUUCAACUAUAUACAAAUACAAUCGUCAAUGGUUUUGAUCGAAAGUCGAAUUUAAAAAUUCGAAUAUUCGUAGGUGUUAAUAAUUCUGUUCAUAUAUACGUACUAAUUAGUUGGUAGUAUAUAAAAGUGUAGUUUUGCACUUCAGUAAUAUUCGUUUGAUUUAAAUAUAAUUUUAAUUUGCAAUCCGCAGUAAUGAUGUAGGUAUGUAAUAAUAAUAAUAAUAGUGUAGUUGCACAAAGCACGAUAAUAUCUCCAUAUCUAUUUAACAAAAUAUACGUUUAAAACGGUUUGGCAAACAAAAUUGUAAAUCAUUUUAAUUUAAUUCAUUUCUAAUCUAACGAGUUUGUUAUUUAUUUGUUUUUAAAUUGUCUAGAUUAUAAAUUCAUUAAUAUUUAUGAAGCGUUAAUUAUUUAUUAUUUUUCUACACUUUUUUACCGGUAUGCGUUUUGUUUCUUAUAUAGACAAAUUUAUUGUUUCGUAUGAUUUUUACAUAUAGGUACCUAAUAUAAUAGUAGGUACAUUAUAUUGCAUUAACUCAUAUACUUGUACUCAAUAAGCAUGAUCAAUUUAAAUGUUUGCACUGCGUUGAAAAUGUUUAAAUAAUUGUAUUUCGGUUCAUUACUGAAAUUUGAAGUAUUCGUUACUACACGAUUUAUUUUUCAUACCAUAUUUAUUAUUUACACGCUGCCACAGUUCCACAGCCUUUUGUGUAUUUUUUAUUAAAUUUACAAUUCGAUCUGAACUAUUAUGUUGAUAAUAGUGCAAAUGAUUCCACAUGAUGUUCGCAUAAUAAUAUGACGUAUUAUUUUGUAUCAAUAUUGACUUCGAUAUGGUUAGUGGUCACCCUUCUUGUACAAGUUAAACACUGCCGUGUAUAAAUGAUAGUAGUUUAGCCCACAAUAUCAAUACUGCAGUAUACAGUAUAUAUACUUGCCCAAAAUUAUUAAUAAUUACCGUUCUUAAUAAAACUUCUUAUAUUCACCUCCGGUUCUAAUUAUUUAUUAGGAAACUUGUAGGUAUAGCCAAAAAAAUACAGGUUAAUAUAAUAUUGUAGGUAUAACUUCGAAUUAGCCCUUGUUAUUUUGGUAGCUUAUUAUUAUAAAGGCGUUAUUCCACCAACACGGUAAUUCAUGUAGACCGUGUAACAACGAUAUGAUUGGAUAAGUAAUAACAUAAACGCAAUAAUCCGUGUUACCGUUUGUUAUCAAAAAGUUGAAAAUAUUCAACAUUUCACUAUGUGAUUAUUUUUUAUAUCACAAUAACAAAUGCAUUGUGCCAUGUUCAUUGUUCGUAAUUUUUACUAUUUUCGUUAACAUUUGAUCUUAAAACAUUUAAAAAAAAAAACUUUUUUUUGUUCGUUCAAAUUUUUCUUUGUAACCACAAACGUAAAGCGCAUCGCAUGCAAAAUAUACAAUCAUUUCUGUACAGCUAAACAAUUUUAUGAUAAAUAAACAUAAAUUUUAACAUAAAACUAAAAAUAAAUUCGAAAAAUAUCAAAUUCCUAUAACUCAAAAGUCAUCAGAAUGUUUUGAAAAUUUAAUCUAAGUCCAGAAAAUGCUAGUUUAAUUAUUAUAUGAAAAUAUCAGGUUUCUACGAUUAUUUUUAACAGAGUUACAUGAAAAAAACAAAAUCCAACAUAAUGACACCCCACGCGUUAACGCAGUAAUCGUUCCUGUUUUUCCUACGUUAUUUCUCAGUGGUUCAACUUAUGAAAAUCACUUCUAAAAUUUAAAAAAAGAUCUCCACACCAACUAGAUCCAAAAUGCAACAAAAAAUAUCUCUUGUCAGUUUUUGAUUGGAGCAAAAUUUCUGGUACAAAUUGUCUGUAGUUAAAAUAACUACUUUAUUAUUAUAUUCUUAUUAAAUAAUAAAUGAUGCUCUUUUUAUUAUUAUUAUUUUUUUUUUUUCUAAGAAUUAUGUAUAAGUACGGUUUUUAUACUUAGUUUUCAAAUUAAUUAACGAAAAUAAAUUACUGAAUUUCAAAAGAAAUAAUUAUCGGAAAUACGACAAUACUAAAUAGGUAAGUAUAAAAACUAGUUAUCAUCAUUUCUGUACGUGCGAUACAUAUUUAAAGAAUAUGAGUAUAAUAGUUAAGUACCUAAUUAAGACUUCUGCUCAAGUUACAAAGUAUUAUUUUUGUUUAGAGAGAGGAGUGGCCGCGUACAUACUUAUAUUAUAAUACCGUUAUUAUAUUAUUAUCGUUUAUAUAUUGAUUUUUAUCUUUAUAAAAUCAGAUGUAGUAAUAUAAUAGCAAGAAUAUUUUAUUGCAAUAGAUCGUUGGAUAAUGUUUUCUCGAAAAACGUAUUCCUAUGUGUACCUAAUCUAAUAACCCUGAAUUCUUCGAGUGAUAGUUGUAUAGGUGAUGUAGGUACACUGCAGUGACUGCAAACAGCAACAAAUAGUGUACGAUGAAGAUAUCAUACACUAUAAUAUAUGUUAUUGUUCUUAAAUAUGACCAGAAUGACACAAACGUGAAUGUGCCACUUAGACCAUGUCAUAGUGUUUCAAAAGAGAAAAUGUGUCAUAUUAUUAUAAUAUAUAGAAGGUAUCAACAAAUAAUACAAAUGUCUUUUGAAAACCUUUUUAGUAAUAAUAAUAUUCUAAAAUCUAGGCUAUAUAUAGGACAUAGGAAUGUACUUAAAUUAUUUAGUGUGUGAGUAUUUAUUUGUAAUCACCGUAAAAAAAAAUUAAUAUAAACUUUCUGUUCCAUUGUUCUUGUAUUCGAAUGCCGAAAAACGAGAAAAUGUAACAUGGGUUUUAACUUUUUUGAGCAAUUUUUUUUAAAUUAAUUUGAUUAAAAAUUUUUUGGCAUGGUUAUAAAUCACCACAAUUUGAUAAAAGAUAGAAGAUUUUUAUUUAUUAGCGUUUCAAGUUCAAAUUUUUGAUACAAUUCUUUAUAAAACACGAAAAUUCGUAAAUUAUUUUAUAGUAAAAAAUUAUUAACAUUUUCAAUUCGAAUUUACAUUAAUAUUUAACCGAGCUCCAUUCAGAAUUUAUUUAUUUAUUUAUAAAGGUAUAUAGCUGCAUACAAUAUUAUAGUAGAUUACUCUAUAUACCUAUAUUAUCCUAUUUUUCCAAUUUGUUGAAAAUAUAACAUCUAGAUCUCAGAUCGUAGAUUUUUUGUGAUGCUCUAAAGAUUCUUUAUUUUUACUUCUACUUGUCAGUUAUCGGCCCUUUAUUCGUAAGCAAUUAAAAUACAAAAGUAGGAUUUAAAUAUUAAUGAGUCUCGAAAAUUUAUACCUUUUAUGUCUUACUUUCAAGUACAGUUGUAUACAUAUACACAGUUUGCGUAGUGUAAAGAAAGGUCAACAUGGAUAACAUAUAGGUACUUAUACUAUAAUAUCAAUUUUUAAGCAGUUGAAACUGUUUUAUGAUUAUGUUGCAAGAUUAGUUUUGUUACUACCAUUUCGUUAUUUUAUUGACAUAGUUAAUAAUGGUAUUUAACUAUAGCUGUUGAAUGCUAUGUAAAGUAAAAAUCGUAAACUAGACCAAUCAAAAAAAAGUUGAUUAUUGAUAUGUUUAUAACGGUAAAUUUAAUUUUUAACUGUGAAUAUAAUUAAAAUUGAUAAUAGUACUGUAGUACCCAUGUUAUACGAAAAUCGUGUCUAAAAAAAUAAUCCCCACGAUUUGCUCUUAUGCACUCUGAGCGAUCAAAAUAACAAUGAAAAUCAUUGAAACACCCUAAAUCGGGUGAAGAUGCUGAAUUUAGAUUUUAUGCAAUUCAUCAUAAGUUUUUAUUUAUUAUUGAAUAUUAAAAACUAAUUUUAAAAAACAAACUCACAUACUUUGCACGAUGGGUGGGCCACUGUUAUAGCCACUUAUAGGUGAGAAAUUGAGGAAGUAGGAUAUUAAGAGGAAUUUAAUUUAUUUUUGUAUACAACGAUUAAAAUUUCUAACGAAACAACGGUUUUGAGUGGAGUUUGGUUAUAAAUGUUUUAAAAGGUCAUAAUAUUUACGAUUUUCGUCAAAAUUUGAUAUUAAAAUUCUUAUAAAAAAAAUGUACUACAUUAUACUCAAUUUUUUCUUGUUGACCACUAAGUCAAUGAACCUCCAGUUAAGUUUUUAAGCAUUUCUAUUUGGUCUAACAAACAGCCUAUAAAAAGUUAAUAUAAAAUUUAUGUCCAAAUUUCAAGUCUCAAAAAAUAUUUUAAAUUAAAUUACAACAAAAAAAAAAUUGAAAGUAAUAAAAGCAUUAUCAUUACAUUAUCAAACAUUUUCAUAUUUCCCAUUUUACCUAUGUUUUUCCCCAUUUAGGGAAAAUACCGCCUCAGGAAAAUUUCCUUCCAGAAAAGGUAUUAUAUUUGAAAAUUGGAGCAAGAUUUCUGGUAGAAUUUUUGUACAAAGUAUGUAUAUAUAAAAUGAAUAGUAAUAAACAUCAUUGUAAAACCAAUACAUUCCUCAUUUCGCUCAGAAUUUAAAAUAAUAUUUAAAUAAUCGAUUGUAAAACGACUAUGUCUAUAGAAUCUUUUUUUUAAAAUAAAUAUGUAUUAUUGUCUAAACUCUAAAGUAGGAAUGCGAAUUGGAGAUAGUGAAGCGAAUGAAUUGUUUAAUAUAAUUCAAUUUACUUAGUUUUAUUUGAUUCCAUAAUAUAUAUAUAUUUCACAUUUUGGUGUCUUGCGAAUUCUUGAUAAAUUAAGGUAUAAUAAGUGAUGUAAACAUUAAAAUUAAGAAUUUUUAUAUUCAUUGCCAUUAACACGGAAACGUGUUUGUAUUAUUUUAUUAGGAAACGAUAUCAAAAUAUAUGUGUAAUACUAAUACAUAUUAAUAUACAACGAUCGAUAAAAAGCAUAUAUGAAAAAAAGGUCCCUUAAGAAAAAUUGUGCUUAGUUUAUAGGAAUAAUUAAUAUUUAUGUCUGUUUGAAUUUAUUGUUUGAAAUAAUUUAAAGCUCAUAUAUAUAGAACAAAUAAAACAUUUUUUUUUUAACAUUUUACAACCUGCACAAUGUUAAAAAAAUGUAACCUUUUGUUAUAUUAUUAGUAUGUUUUUAUUAUAAUAUAAUAACUUCGUUAGGUCAAAAUUUUGUUUUCCUUUAUUACGGGUACCUACAUUCUUUUUUUUUUUUUGCCGUAAAAUUUCUUAUUUAUUACAAAAAUAAGAAACGUGUCAAUUAUACUUUUUGAGAAUCUCGGAGAAUCAUUUUAAACAAAAGGUAUACUGCUACCGUCAGCAAUUGUGUCAGAAGUGAUUUUCAUCAUUCAUCGUAAAACUCAAAAAAUUUAAUUCAAAAAGUAUAAUAUAGAAAAAGCAUAUUCUGAGUACAAGUGAGUUUUGACAAGUGUUAACCACGAGGGGUUCUUGUACCCGCAUUGUGUUUAAUUUAUAUUAAUUGAGACAAUGCAGCGAAAUCAUAACAAUAUAAUUAUUAUUCUUAUAUAAUUUUCAUUGUCUAAUAUAGCGUUUGCUCUUCUGUAAAAGUUGUCGAUGCCCAAAGAAUUGACCCAAAUAACAUUGAUAUAACAUUAAAAAAAAAUGUAUAGGCAACUACUUUUAAGAAUGUACGUUUUAGAUUUUGCUUGAGUAACGGCGGGGAAACAAGAUGUAUAUUAACUUAUAUUAAUUUUAUAAAACUGAUACAUUUUGUAAUAUAUUUAUUCAUAUAUACGUAUGAUAUAAGUACAUACGAUGAUGAUACAUAAAUAUAGGUUUUAAAUUUUAAAAAUUACGAAUCUACUUACCCAAAUAAAGUUGUUCACGUAAAUAUUGUUUAUGUUGGUUACAUAGGUAGGUAAGUACCUACCUAUGUAAUCAUAUGUAAUCAUAUGUAUUCAUAUGCAUUCAUAUGUAUUCAUAUACUCAAAACUAUAUGAAAUAAUUCUAAAUUUAAGAUGUACCUAUAUAAUAUUAAACGUACAAAAAAAAUGUCAUAUUCGUUUGUUUUUAGGAACAAUAUAAUAUUAUGAGUAAUGAAAACGAGAAAAAAUAAAUUUAAUAGUAGGUAUUCUGAACAUUCAAACGGGUUUUAAAAAUAAUAUUCCUUAUCAAUUUGAGUAUUUAUUUCACGUGUUAUCUAAACAUUCUAAACUGUAUGAUAUAAUAAGUUUAUUCCAUAAUCUAUGUCUCUAUUAAGCAAUAUUUGUUACUCUAUGUAUAAUUCGCAUUUAAUUAUAAUACAUCAAUAUGAAUCAAUUUGUAUCGACUUUUUGUUCGUUUUGUUUUUCUCUAACGAGAAUUCAGUAUUGAACUUUUAAUUGUCGCUUUAUUUUGUUUCAUUAUACAAUUAUAAUACUACCAGUUUACUAAUAUAAUGACUAAUGGGUAUAUAAUAUUUUAUUCUUAUUCUCUGCUUUUACCCCGACCAAGUGUGUUCUACUACUUUCUACUAUACCCACAUCAUCCUAUUAAUCACCAUUUUCCCGUCUAAUCCACAUGCCCUUAUAAUUUCUACUAAUCUCUACCUUUUCCUUUGACCUUAUCUCUUCCUCGUCUUCUACCUACGCUUAACUCGCUAAUAUCUUGGCUAUCUCAUCGUUGCUCUUUCUCUCAUAUAUACUCAUACCAUCUUAAUCUAUUCCUUAUUAUUUUUCCUUAUAUGCCUAUUACUCCGCUACGAUAAGACCCAUUUAGCAACUACUAGAAAAGACCAAAAAUAAUUAAUAUUUAUAUAUAUUCACUAAAUAUCUUAUGGUAUCCUAAUUUAUAUUUGUCAUGUUUAUGUUUUUCAAUAACUUAUAGUAAUUUUGAUUUUAAAUAUUAAUUAUGUGCAUAACUCACUAUAUUAUUUUGUAUUAUUUAUAGACAUGACAAUGGCGACUGAUUGUACGAGAGAUAUGCACCAGGAUGGAUUAAUUUUACCACGGAAGCCCGUUAACCCAUGCGUGUCCUCUACCGACCACCAAAAUCUCCACCGAGAACUUCUAUUCAACCAAAAAAUGUAUACCUGUUUUAUAAGAAUGUAAAAUAUUUUAAUCUAUUUAAUACAAAGAGUUUGGUUUUUCAGUGGGAAAAAUGUUUUGGGACAAAAAUCAGAACUACAAAAAGCACUAGAAAAACAUAAACGAACGCAAACUCAGAAAGAAAUAGAACAACAAAAAAACUCUUGCCGCACGCCAUUCGAACGAAUGAUAGAAGAACGAGCCAAAAAAAUUGAAACGGUAUAUUUUUUUCCAUUAUUAUUACAUCAUUACUAUUGAACGGACUAUUACUUCUAUUAUACCUAUUAUCAUUAAAACGGCAUAAAAUUAUAGAAGUGAUUUUGUAAUAACUGCAUUAAACAUGUUAGAUAAUUCUUUCAGAAAAUGUUUAGAAAUUAUCAUCAUAUUAUAAAACCAUAAUAACAGAAUAAUGUUGCAAAGGUAAUUUAAAAAUAAAUAAUGGCUUAAUAGAUUAAAUAUUUGAAUGGAAAUGACCCCUUCAUAAAAUGUAUUCUAAUUUAUGGUGCAAAUUCUAAUUUAAAAAAAUCAGGUCGUAUAUUUUAUAUUAUUUAAAAUAUACUCAUAUUAAAUAAAUAUUUAAGUACAAUAAUAUGCAAAAAUAUAAUAAACGCGUAUAGUAAUAUAUUGGUACCGUCUCACUGAAAUUUUUUUAUCACUUCGAGUGGAUAUAUAACCCAUUGAUAUGAGUACUUAUAAAAUAAUUAGUAUAAAUUAAUUAAAUAUAAAACACCUAGGUUUCAAGUUUAAAAAAAUUGCUUUAAGUAUAUAUUUUUUACCGUUUCUACACUUACUUACUCUACCGAUACUCAAGUGAAUUGUAUAAUACUGUAUUAUUUUAUAUUGGUACAAUUCGAUAGUAUUUUAGGUUGGCAAUAUCGAAAAUUGGCAGUAUUAUUUUUGUGUUUAUUGGUGCUGAACAAGAUACAAAUAAAAAUAAGAAAAGAGAAAAAAAAAGAUUUCAUAUUAUUUAUAAAAAAAAAAUAAACGAUAUGAGUAAAUAGCACUGUUAUUGAACGAGUAAAUGGAUCCAUUGAAAAGUUGUUAAGGAUAGAAAGAGUAUAUUAUUAUAGUCGCAUUUUAAACUAUCUGUAGCCUAUAGGUAUUAAACCGCAAGAAUCUUCAUAGGUAGGUAUAUAAUAUGAUUUUACCAGCGUAUACUUUAGAAAUUCGAUACACAAUAAUGAACAUCGAGGCUUAACCGCAAAAUAAUAUUAUCGUUUAUUUUGAAGCUUUUAAUGUACAGUUAUUUAAUAUUAUAAUCGAAUGAUAUUUGCCUAGCGGGGAAAAAAAUUUCAUUCUAAUUCACAUUUAUUAAGACUGUAUAACUCUACAAUUUAUCCUUCUAACUACUCGACCAAUGAUCUUGCAAUCGUAUGAGUGUAUUUCAAUUUAAAAAUACAUGAUAAUAUUACGGGUAACUAUUGCAUUCUUUCGAAUGUUCAAACGUGAAUAUAUUUAAUAAUCGAUAAUAUUUUUUAUUGUUGAUUUAAAAGUUUACAGGGUGAUUGUCACAAACUAAUUAUUAACUAUACAAAUUUUUAAUAUAUUUGAUUUUAAUGGUCUAUAAUAAUUUAAGAAUCGUUUAUAAAUUAUUAUAUUAUUAUAAUUAUUAUUGAUCUUAUUUACAAUAUUUUCAAACGUCACCAUUAUGCCGUAUGUCAUAAAAGCGUAAAGUUUUUUGAUUUUCAAACAGCACUAAAUUUUUAAUCUCGAAUUCGUAAAGUUAAUAUUUUCUUAAACAUUUUGAUAUGGAUAUCAUUAAUAUCAAAUAGGUAUACCGAUAUUGUGUUAAACAAUAAUACAAUGUGUAUGUGUAAUAUAUACAUAUCGUAAUUUAAAUUAUGGCUGAUUAAAUAUUACAAGGUUAUAGUCUUAUAAACAAUAAUAAUUGUAAUUUUAUAGUUCUUCUAUCAUCUAAAAAAUAAUAAUAAUUUUUAUUAUACAAAUACACAUAAUUUAGUUUACUUACUUAUUAUACUUUUUUCUGCUAUUCGCAUAUGAAACGAAAGAUUAAAAUGAAAAUAUAUAAUAAUAUUGUUAAUUGUUUAUGUACAUCUCUAACCUUGUGUAUAGGUAGGUACAACUUGUUUGUUUUUUUACAAUAUCAAUAGAUUCUGAUUUAUUAAAUAUUGUUAAUAUUAUUAACAGUAUGUAGGUUCAUAAUGUAUUGUUUCGAAAAAAAAUAUCUUAAGGAUCAUAAAUAACUAUAAGAUUAAGGAGAUUGGAAGCAGUGAUAUUUUUGUUUUACACAUGAACAAUAUAGGAAUUUAAACAUAUUCUAUUUGUAACGCACAAAUUGUUCUUGUAAAGCAAUAAGAAUUCUGAAAACAGAUUUAAAUUUGUUGUCAAGUUUACUUGAAAUUGAUUUUCCCACAUUUUUGAUUUAUCCCCAUAAAGCCUUAACAAUAAAUUGAAUUAAGAAUUUAAAAUUUAUAUCUAAAUAAUAGAAAAUAAAUAUUAAAAAAAUGGAAUAUUUACAUUUAUGGUGAAAUAAAAAUAAAAACAACAAAAAGUGACGAAAAAUUCAAAUCUGUUUUCAGAAUGUUUUCAGUGAAGUAAUACAAACUGGAUCAAUUGGUACAUUGGAAAUAGAAAAUGUUUAAAUACUUAUGUUCUUAUAUUUCACGUGUGUAAAACAUAAACAGAAAAUCACUGUAUCUACUUUCCAAUGUCCUUAACAUGGAUCAUAAUACCUUUAUUAUAAAUUUAAUUUUUAUCAAAGUUCUUUGAUGUUUGGAAUUGAGUAUCAAAUAUUUUAGUGCAAAAAAUCGGGGCCAUGAAAAUAAAGUGUAUGUGGCAAUAAUAUGAGUUUGUUUUCAAUGUUAUUUAUUUAUUUUAUAAAUUUGUUUUGUUUUAGCAAAUGGAAAAACCUGACACAAAAGAAAAAGACGAGGAUAAACCAGAAUUCCUACAGGUCCAUGCUAAACUGCGAGCUAAAAUGGCCAAAACAGACUGAUGCUAAUCACUGCGAAAAAUUGUACACACCCCAUUGUUGGAAUUAUAGAUUAUAUUAUUAAAUAAAGUGUUCAUUGAUUGUGUACAUUCUAUUUUUUGAGUAUAUUAUAUUGAAAAUUUUAUUCUUUGUAUAAGUGUAAUAAUGUAAAAUUAUAUAUUAUGUAGACAAAUCUAUCAAUUUGUAAUUAAUUAAUUUUAUUUUCACUAGAGGUGUAUAGAAAUAUGUAAAAAAUAUUUUGAUUAUUAUUAUUGCUAUUAUGUAUUAUUAUUAUUAUUAUUAUUAUUAUUAUUAUUAUUAUUUUGUUCUAGACCAAUUUACGUGAAUGUUUACCUAUAUACUUUUUUUGGCAUAUUUAUUUACCCCGAAUUGUACAAUGCCAAAGUUAGUCAAUUUAUGAAUUUAUUAUAAAAAAGAAAUAUUUUAGGGUACAGGGGAUAAUGUUAAAAAAAAAAAGUUUAUGGCAUUGUUAUUCGCUAUCUUUAUGUCUUGACUAAAUAAAAAUAAUUGAACAUGAAAAAUUUGUAUUUUAUUGAAACAAUAUAUAAUGUAUACUUAUGUAUAAUAUUGUAUACCUACUGAGGAUUGCAAUGGGCAACUGGUGGGCCACAAUCAUUUGACAUACCAAUUUUAUCUGGUUUGUUUUACCUUUUCAGAAGACUCAUAAAGCUAUACCUGAUUUUACUGUCUCGUUACUAUCAGUAUAACAAACAGAUGAAGUAGAAAAUUGAUAUUACUAUGAACAUUAAUUGUGGAAUUUAAGUUGU